AUGAAAACCUCCAUACCGUCGGACGUGUGGGAGAAGAAGAAGUCGUUGAUUGCCCGGUUGUACAAGGAUGAGGAGUGGCCGCUGAAGCAGGUCAUCAAGCAGAUCCGCACGGAGGACUUCAAUCCGAGUGAGACGCAAUUGCGCAGCCGGUUGAAGAAAUGGCGUGUCACCAAGCCGUCGCGUCAGACCCGGAAGAAGCCGCAAGAAAGCCAGCAGCAGGAGUCAAAUAAUGCAGACGACGAUGAUGGGCCCGAGGACCCCUCUCCUGUCGAGUCCAAGAAGAAUAAUAAUAAUAAUAAUAAUAAUGCCUCUCAUCCCACGCCGCAACCCCAAUCGACUCAGCAGCUUCAACCACCAAAGGACGCGGCCGCCAACCCAGACUGGUACUCGGCCAAUGGCUGGUUUCCCCCGCAGCAACGCCAGCAGCAGGAUAUGAUGCAGCCGCCGGUCAUGGCCCCAUCUUUGUCUGUUGAUACUCGUGAUGCUUCAGUCGGCUCCAAUUGGGCCCCUUCUGCGCCUGCUCCUGCUCCGGCUCCUGCCCCGGCACCCGAGUCUCAAUCUCAACAACAAUCCCUGAAUCCUCAGGAUAACAGCAAUCACAUUCCCAACACCACGCCCGCCAUGCAGUCGUUUGCCAUGGCUGCACCCACGCCGAUUUCUAACGUGCCCAUGAACUCGACGCCAAUGGUAGCUCCUUCCUAUCCCAACCCAGGGUAUGCCGUGUCUACGGAGGUCUGCCUCCCCUCUCCAGCGCCCCCGAUGGGGGCCCAAUGGCCGACGGGAACCGUCCACAUCGAGCCAGACGUCAACGCUGGCUUCCCCGUGGCCAACUGGUUUUCGGCACCUUUCGAGCCAGCCAACCCGCAUUUUGCAGCCUAUUAUCCGCAGAAAGCGGUCAAUCCCUCAAUGGCGGCCUAUGGCCAAAUGAUGCAACCGAUGCCCGCGCAAGAUAUGAACCAAACGUUCCCUCAGUCGCCAUCGGUGGCGGGUGCAUUCCACUCCAGUCUUGUUGACGACUUGAGAUAUAUAAGGCCGUGGAGACGCGCUAUGGCCUCCCAUUACGGUCCGGAAGCAGCCAACGGACACGCUCGCGUGGAUCGACAAGGCCGACAACGAAAACCGGCUUCGGAAAGGAAACGAAAGGACCAGUCCUCUCCAAAUGGAGUGGAAAUGGCGGCUCAUCAGUCACAGAUGCAAUCGAUGCAAACCCCAAUGCAGCCGCAGUUUGUCGCAUCGGGACAACAUCCGAUGAUGCCCCAAGAGAUGUUUGGCUAUUCCGGCCACGACCAGAUAGUCCAAAGGCCUCCGGGUAACUGA